GCCUAACGUGGUCCGUUUCCACCCUCACAAAUGUCCCCUCUUAAACCCAAGCUAUGCCACUCGCUCCACGUUCCAUGACUUCCAUCAGAGAGGUGACUAAUAAAUGAGUUUGCAUUGCACUAUUGCAGCGCGCAACAGUCAACACACCCUCGCAAACUGCUAAGUACCGACCUUCCUCUCCUUUCUUUCAGUUGUCCGGAAGAGGAUUGAUUUAUAUAUAUUGAUUAAAGAGAGACGUCUGAUCAGUGUGUGUGUGUGUGUGUGCGCGAAUGGGAGGCGAGAGUUCGUCAAUCGGAGCGUUAGUGCCGACGGUGAAAUCGGAGCUUGGGAGCAAUAAUAAUGCAGCCGCAGGGGAGCGGGAGCAGGAGCAGCAGCAACCGGAGGCGAUGGCGGUUGAAGAGGAGUUGGCGAUGCCGGACAGGGAUAUGUUUUGUCCGAUAUGCAUGCAGCUGAUUAAGGACGCGUUUUUGACCUCCUGCGGACACAGCUUUUGUUACAUGUGUAUCGUCACGCAUUUGCAGAACAAGAGCGAUUGCCCGUGCUGUUCUCAUUUCCUCACUCCUAAUCAUCUCUACCCUAAUUUCCUCCUCAACAAGUUAUUGAUGAAAGCCUCUGCUUGCCAAAUAGCCAAGACUGCUACUCCAGCUGAACAACUUCAUAAGGCAUUACAACAGGGAUAUGAGGUGUCAGUAAAGGAGCUUGACAGUCUCUUGUCUCUUCUUGCUGAGAAGAAAAGAACGUUGGAGCAACAAGAAGCUGAAACAAAUAUGCAAAUUAUGCUUGAUUUCCUGCAUUGUCUGAGAAAUCAAAAACUUGGAGAGCUCAAUGAGUUACAAACUGACCUCCAGUACAUUAAGGAGGAUAUAAAUUCUGUAGAGAGACGUGGAAUAGAAUUAUACCGGUCCAGAGAUAGAUAUUUAACAAACGUAAGGAUGCUUGGUGAUGAUCCUCGUGCAAAAUUAUCAUGGCCCUCUUUGAUUGAAAAACGUGGUGGUGGUGUGCUACCUUGUUUUCCUGGUCCACAGAGCCAGUGCCACAUGGGUUCCAGUACUUCACAUAACUGGAAAGCUGAUGAGAAAACCCCUUCAGGCUCUCAGAUAAUCCAGAUAAAGGAUGCUAACAGUGACUUGGAUUCACAGCAGCUAACUCAAUCAGGACUUCUUGUAGCAAGAAAGAAGCGAGUCCAUGCACAGUUCAAUGACCUUCAAGACUGUUAUAUGCAAAGGCGACGGUCCUCGACAAGACAAUCCCAAAAAAAGGAUGAAAGAGACAGAAGAGAAGGUUACAGCACAGGGCUUGAAGAUUUUCAGACUGUGCUCUCAACCUUUACACGAUACAGUCGGUUGCGGGUUGUUGCAGAACUUAGGCAUGGAGAUCUUUUUCACUCUGCCAAUAUUGUUUCAAGUAUAGAAUUUGAUCGUGAUGAUGAACUCUUUGCUACAGCUGGAGUUUCACGGCGUAUCAAAGUGUUUGAAUUUUCAUCGGUGGUGAAUGAACCAGCAGAUGUCCCAUGUCCUAUUGCAGAAAUGUCCACUCGUUCCAAGCUCAGUUGUCUCAGCUGGAACAAGUACACAAAAAAUCACAUAGCCAGUAGUGAUUAUGAGGGUAUAGUGACUGUUUGGGAUGUGACCACCCAUCAGAGUGUGAUGGAGUAUGAGGAGCAUGAAAAACGAGCAUGGAGUGUUGAUUUUUCACGUACUGAACCCUCCAUGCUUGUAUCCGGGAGUGAUGACUGCAAGGUCAAAAUUUGGUGCACGAAUCAAGAAGCCAGUGUUCUUAACAUUGACAUGAAAGCUAACAUAUGUUCGGUCAAGUACAAUCCUGGAUCUAGCAUCCACAUAGUAGUGGGCUCAGCUGACCAUCACAUCCAUUAUUAUGACUUGAGAAAUACAAGUCAACCAGUGCAUAUUUUCAGUGGGCACAGGAAAGCUGUUUCAUAUGUCAAAUUUUUGUCCAACAGUGAACUAGCUUCUGCAUCUACUGACAGCACAUUACGCUUGUGGGAUGUUAAGGAAAAUAUCCCACUGCGGACUUUUAGAGGGCACACAAAUGAAAAGAAUUUUGUGGGUCUUACCGUGAACAGCGAAUACAUUGCUUGUGGUAGUGAAACAAAUGAAGUCUUUGUCUAUCAUAAGGCUAUUUCAAAACCAGCUGCUUGGCAUAAAUUUGGUUCAGAUGUACAGGAUGCGGAUGAAGAUGCAGGAUCUUACUUCAUUAGUGCCGUGUGUUGGAAAAGUGACAGCCCGACAAUGUUGACCGCAAAUAGUCAAGGGACUAUAAAAGUGCUUCUAUUGGCUGAAUAACUUCUAGAACGAUAGUGAUGAAAGAUGAGAAAUUUGUCUGCGUUAAGUUUCUUGCUAUAAGAGAAGACUACAUCGUAAAACUGGACUGAUUCUCGUAUUGCAAAAUUAAAAAAGGAUGUGACUCAGGACCUUUGGUUCUCUUUUUAAGCCUACUCUUUGGUUGUGAAUUCUAAAUUCGCUGGCUUAAGAAGA